AUAACGACGACGUUUAAAUCCAAAAUGUGAUUCCUACAAACUCCCACGAUAGCAAUCAGCUCUUCUUCUAGUGCAUUGCCACUGGUUCUCUCAGUCAAUUUCACAAACAGUUAUCAUACAUCAAAAUGUUGGCUCUCUCAUCACUUCGAUCCCGCCUUAACUCUCAAACCUUAACUAAAACCCUAACCCAAACCCCAAAACCAUACCAACACCAAUCUCCAAUUCCAUUUUCUUCAGAUCAACAAGAUGGAAAUGACACUUACCUCUGGAACAGAGACCCGACAACUCCGCCUCGCCUCUUCGUGGUCCAGCCCCGAUUCCGACCCGAUUCUUACCUUCAAGCCAAGCUCAACGAAGCACUCUGCCUCGCCAAUUCAUUAGAGGAGCAGCGCGAUGGUUGCUUUGUUACGGAUUUUUUUGAUAAAGCAUUGCCUCCUCAUAUUGUUGUUCAAAAUCCUAUUCUACGAUCAUCUAAAGCUCGCGCUGAUACAUUUUUCGGGCCGGGUACAUUGGAAACAAUUAAGUGCCAUUUAAAUGCUUCUGAGUCCAAGGGUGAAUUGGAUGCUGUGUUUGUGAAUUCUGUUUUAUCUGGAGUUCAACAGCGGAACUUGGAGCGCGCAUGGGGGAAACCUGUAUUGGACCGUGUUGGUCUUAUAAUAGAGAUUUUUAAUGCUCAUGCACACACUAAGGAGGCAAAGCUGCAGUCUGAAUUGGCUGCUCUUAUGUAUAUGAAGAGUAGGCUUGUUCGUGUACGUGGCCUUGAUGGACGCUCUACUUUUGGAACAUCUGGAGAAGCUCAAGUUGUUAGUGCCAGAGGGAGAGGAAGUGGAGGGCGUGGGUUUAUCAGUGGUGCUGGAGAAACCGAACUUCAACUUCAACGCCGAAGAAUUUUAGAAAGACGCAACUAUUUACUAUUACAAAUCAAAGAGGUUCGUCGUACUCGAGCUGUGCAGCGUGCUGCCCGCAAGAGGCAUGAUGGGGCACAGAAUACAGGUUUAGCUACUGUUGCUGUUGUUGGUUACACAAAUGCUGGGAAGUCUACAAUGGUCAGUGCACUCUCAGAUAGUUACCUUUAUAGUGAUUCCCGGUUAUUUGCUACACUGGAUCCAAAAUUGAAAAGCAUUAUUCUUCCUUCAGGAAGGAAAUUGCUCCUUAGUGAUACUGUUGGGUUUAUUUCAGACUUGCCUGUGCAGUUGGUUGAAGCAUUUCGUGCAACCUUGGAAGAAGUGGUGGAAGCAGACCUCCUUGUGCAUGUCGUAGACUGUACUGCUCCCAAUCUUGAGGAACAUCGCACAACAGUGUUGCAAGUUCUGCAGCAGAUAGGAGUGUCAGAGGAAAAGCUUCAGAAUAUGAUUGAAGUCUGGAAUAAGAUUGAUUGUGAAGAUGAAGAAAUGGAAGCCGAUAAUUCUGUCGAUGAUGAUGAUGAUAGCAACUGGUCUGUUGAUGAAGAUGAGGACAGCAAUGAAAGUAAUUCUUUAGCAGCGGAAGAUCAUAAAGAGGGUUUGGAAGAGACAGUAGAUAGUGUGGAAGGAGAUUACUCUGAUGGCUGGCUGUUGUCGGAAGAUGACCAGGAGAUGGUGGGUGACAGUUGGCUGAAGAGUCUAAAUGACCAACAGGUUAAGACCUCUAAUGACCCAGGGAUGGCAAAGGAUACGGAAUCUCUAGCUCAACACGGCCCCCAUGUCAAAAUAUCUGCUAUAACUCGAGUUGGUCUGCAAGAACUGCUGGAGCUCAUCGAUGAAAGAUUAAAGACUCGGGAUGAGAAGAUAAAGGCCCAGAAUGUAGUGGGAAGGAGUAUAUUUUAUAGAAAAUGGAGGCCUUCACAAACAGAGGAUGCUGACGUGGCAAUCGGACAAUGAUAUGGAUGGUCUGGUUGUUUAAGACGGCUUAAAUUAGAUUAGAGGUUUUACAGCAUGGACAUUACCUCAGGCUGCAAGUGCAAAGAUUGCUGCAUUGGAUAUGAUCGUCAGGUCGAGCACUCCGAAUAAGAAAUAGGCAUUUUAUUUCUGUCAGAAUAAAAGAUAAAUGCAGGUGUACAUAGUUUGAUACAGGCUCAGGCUGACAUGGUUAGGGACAAUAAUAUCUCAGCCAAUAUGAAAUUAAAAACCGAUGGCGAGACACAUUUUCUGCUUGUUUCUACUGCCAAAAGCUAGCUGACCUAAUGACAUAGAUGAUCCGGAAAACACGAGAAUUCUUUUCCGAUACUUCAUAUGUUUCCAGGAUCAUACAUUUGGUCGGUAAAGUAAUAAUGUUAUGUGUUUUAGAAGGCUAUGGUAAUAGAUGGAAAAUUUUAAUGAUUAGAGCAAGUGUAAGUUAUAGAGAUAUAUCAUGUAUGUAGGGAAUUUUUGUUUAGAUUCGAUUUAUAAUUUAAGGAUAGUAAAGCUCUUUGUAGAAGGGGGUGUUUAAAGAAUCCGGUUUAGGUGAGAAUUUUUGGUUAUAUGUGUAUUAUUAUCUUACAAAUGUUCAAGUUAACUUCAGUUUAUAUAUAUGUAUUACCUUUCAA